ACUCAUUGAACUAUAAGAAACGGAGCCACUGUCACGGCAGCGCGCCACAGCCAUACCACACAGGGCAAUACCCCGCGAAGGGAAGAAGACCAGCGAGCUGCUGUCCGCUGAUUUCUCCUUCCCCAUCUCACUAUAUCAAACUCACUCCACAAUGCCCGUGAAUCAGAAAUUUCAAGGAGGGAAAGCCUUUGGAUUACUCAAAGCUCAACAAAGGGAGAGAUGCGAGGAAAUAAACAAGGAAUACAUGGAAGACCAGAAAUACCGGGAUGAGGAGGACCUCCCAGAAAAACUAGAUUCCUUUAAAAACAAAUAUGCAGAGUUUGACCUGAAUGACCAAGGAGAGAUAGAUAUGAUGGGGAUGAAGAGGAUGAUGGAGAAGCUGGGCGUUCCGAAGACCCACCUGGAGAUGAAGAAGAUGAUCUCCGAGGUGACCGAAGGCGUCAGCGACAGCAUCAACUACAGAGACUUCGUCAAGAUGAUGCUGGGCAAGCGCUCGGCCGUCCUCAAGCUGGUGAUGAUCUUCGAGGACAAGGCUAAUGGGGCCAGCUGUAAGCCUGACGGGCCUCCACCCAAACGGGACAUAGCCAGCCUGCCAUAGACCCAGGACAUCCAGAGCCUCUAGAAUACAGAGGGGUCAGAGGGACCCGACCUCGACCAUUUCCCCAUCCUAGGCCCCUGCACUCAGCCAGGGACUUGUGUACAUAGCCUUAUCAACUCCCCACCUCAGGACGCACACGCGUCCCAGAAGGGGGGG